GCGAGAAUGAAAGAGAACAUGUGGAGGAGAGACAAUAUGUUUUCAGAACUGGGUGAUAAACAGUGGGCUUCAGGGGGAGGUAUCAGAGAGUGCUAGACCAAAAACAGAGGGAGUGAGAGAAAGAGGUGUAGAUGAAUCAGUUAGAAACUUGUGUGGAACUGGUGAUUUCCCUUCUCAUCUCACCACACUCACUUCACUCUGGAGAGGCAGUUGGAUGUGACAGUAAAUCACAGAGAAGAUGAUUCAAAGACUCCCCAGGAAGGACUCAGUGACACAGAAUCCGAGCUGGAUGCCACACAAAUUACUGAAAUGGGGGAACUAUGAGCCAUAAAGCGUGACUGCUUCAGUUUGGCCUCUUCAGAGCAGGACUCAAACAGGAAGGGCUGGUGGAGACAAAAUUUCAGCACAACUGAAGGAGAACUCUUCAAGAAUCAUUCGGUAUUUCUCUGGAAAGCCUCUUGUCUCUCUUAUGGAUUUCCACACGUCCUUUCCGCAGCUGGAGCUCUAAACCUUGGGCUAUCUUUGACCUGCUGUUUGACCUUUGACCUCCUGUGACCUUUUUAGGAUAACAGCAAUACAAUACGUCUCCAGAUCAACAGAAUGUUCUGGAAGCUGGCAAUACCUGCCAUUUUGGCAUGGACCCUUUGUGUAUCUACGGAAACCAAGAAGCCACGACCUCAAGGUUCCAUCCCCUCCCCUUACAAGCUUAAGGGCAACGAGCUGUCAUCGCCAUCCCUCACUUUAGCAUCAUUACCCCAACACAAGUCCUCACGACGGCAGAAAGGUAAACAUGACAUGCUGUCGUCGAGCCGAGAGGCCCUAGUGGUCACAGAGAGGAAGUACCUAAAGAGCGACUGGUGCAAAACACAGCCAUUACGUCAAACAGUAAGUUUGGAGGGCUGUCUGAGCCGAACCGUGAUCAACCGCUUCUGCUAUGGCCAAUGUAACUCAUUUUUCAUCCCACGCCAUUUGACGUCCCAAACCUUUCCACAUCGAAGUCGAAAAAUGGCGCCUGUGCCAGACCACAACUCUUCAUUCCAAUCCUGUGCAUUCUGCCGGCCAAGCCGGAUAACCAGGGUUACCAUACGGCUUCACUGCCCUGGGCUACAGCCACCAUACCGACAACGGAAAGUGCAACGCAUCAAGCAAUGCAAAUGUGUGUCUGUUAAUGUCAAUGCUGCAUAAUACCUAUAGAAGAAAGCUGACACAAAUAUAUGGCUGGACAAUGCUUCUAAUGCAGCUGUUUUUUUUUUACUUUGAAAAAUAUUGAACUGAGGUUGUCCAACAAGGGCACACAGACAAUUUGUGUGCAACGUGUGCCAAAGACAACAGCUAAUCAAAAAUUGGCCACCUUCAGAAUGUCCUGACUAUACCGCAGUAUGCAAGAGGGCAAUGGCAAAUUAAAAAAUUUAAAAACAGGGCUAUACACAAAGAGUGUUCAAUUACUUGUUUGAAGUAUCACCAAGUACAAGACACAGUUAAUCUAAAUUCUGUUUUAAAUGAACUAAUGAUAUAAUAUGUCAAUGUGAGUUCGUGUUUGAGUUUAAGUUAGUCCUGAUAGUGAAUUUUUUCUUCAUUAACAGACCUUAAGCCGGGUGCACACUGUAUAAUAUUUACGAUCUAUUACGAUUGUUGUUUGCCAGACUUUACGAUAUGAUCCAAGUGAGAUCAUGGGUAAAAGCUAUGGAACACCAUGCAACAUUAUGUGAGGCUGUGCGAUACACAUUGUAGCCAAGACUUUGGUCGCCAUCAUCCUAACUGACAGCGUUGACUGGGAGGUGUAUCUCAUCUGCCUGUCGUAGGAUCAGUCACUGUCAGAACUUUGUUUUGGAGGCUACAAUUCAUUACAAAGGAAAUCAAUCAGCCAUGAAUGAACAUGUCACACUAAGCAAAGACUGCAGAUUUUGCUCUACGAGAAAUCUUUUACGAUCCUCAAAAUGUGUCUAAGAUGCCAGAAUUGUAUAGUGUGAACCCGGCUUUUGUCAGGGUAGGCGGCAUUUAUUUAUUUUUUGUCAUUGAAAACAAGGCUUAAGGGAUAGAUUUACAGUCCGUUCUAUGGGCUGUACUAAAUGUUCUAGAUCACGCCGAAUGUUCAGAUUUUUCCAGUUUAGUGUAAUGGAAUCCUACAUAUUUUAAUGUUUCGUCAGCUGAGUGAUCCACACCAAGCUAUUGAACCGUUCAACCCUUUGAACAGACAGUAUGUCUAUCCCUCACAGCCUUGUUUUCAUUCAUAAAAAAUAACAUCUACCCUGUCUAGGGUUUACAGAUGGAGCAUCUGUCUCUACUAUUUAUCUAAGGAUUCUCAAGUAAUCCUGUGUUAGUCUUGAUAAAUGAGAGCAGUAGAAAUGUCUUGACUACCAUCAACACUACAUGGCCAAAAUUAUGUGGACACCACCUUCUACUUAACAGGGUUUGGCUAUUUCAGCUACCCUCAUUAAUAAGAGUUGCAAAUCAAGCUGCUCCUUGUGCACAAUGCCCCAAAGUGAGGUCCACAAAAGAUGAUUUACUGAGUCUGGUGUAGAGGAACUUGACUGACCUGCACAAAGCACAGACCCGAACCCCUUUGAGAUUGGAACACCGACUAUGAGCCAGGACCCACCACCUAACAACAGUCAGUUACAUUUUGACUUGGUGCUGCCAUUGGCUACAUUUCAUCCAAUGAAAAUUGUGGCUGAUUUUGUUUAACCAAAUCACAUACCUUUGAGCCUUGUAGUUUGUACAAUGAUACACAAUGUGCACAAAAUUUUUCAUUAAAAACAUAAAAUAAAAAAUACCAUGAAUGACAAUAUUUAACAAAAUAGCAAAAUGUGUAGAUAAAGAAAUGUUAUAAUAUGACAAAUCAACAAUAGAAAAACUAUAAAUAUAUGUAAAAUAUAUAAUGAACAUGCUUUCUAAAAAUAAAUAUAU